UGUUUGUGAACCAAAGUACUACUUAGUUUUGUUGUUCUUACAUUAAAUCAACAGCUCUCCUCUUUAAGUAUAUUUUACUGGCCAUUUUAAAGUCCUCAUUUGCUCAUUUCUUAAUAUUAGUCAUGUUGGGGUCUGUUUCUAUUGUGUAAUUUUGCUUCUGGUCAUGGGUAACAUUUUCCCGUCCUUAGAAUGUCUAGCGAUUUUGGGAUGGAUAUUGGACAUUGUAACAUCACAACUUUGUUGUCUGGAUUUGGAUGCUUUCCUUUACAGUGCAGUGAUUUUUUUUUUUUUCUGGUACUGGGGAUUGAACUCAGGACCUUGUGCUUGCCAGGCAGGAGUGGCACCAUUGAGCUACAUCCUGGGCCCAAUAUUUGUUUUUGACAGACUACCAAGUUCCUUGAAGAUCUGCUUGGUCCUGUCAAGGCAUGUUUUUGAGCUUUCCUAGGGCAAAGCUUUGCCUACGUAACUUUAAAUUAAAGUUAGCUCAGCCCUAAUGACUCUAAGUGAUAUUUCUGGGUCACAACUGAAUGUUGCAGGUCUGUUUACCUUAGAUACAGUGUGCGUAUGUUCCCGCGCUUUGUGAGCUAUAAGAGUUGCUUUGCAUAGAAGCUCUAUGUUUUAGCUUGUGUUUAUGUGUUAGACUAGGAAAUUUACCUUAUGCACCCAGAGCUUAGCACUUGGCUUUAGACCUAAGGAGACUCUAUGCACAUUUCUGAAGCUGUCUGUAGAGUUUUGCAGCAAAAUUCAGCUUUCUCAAGCUUUGAUAUCUGUCUCAUAAGCUCAGCAAGCCUGCUGUGUCUCCUUGCUUUCCCUCCUGUGCCAGAAAACUGGAACAAUUAUGAGGCACACUUUCUUUGUUUUUCUUUCCUGCCUGUUGUCCAAUACCUGAACUGUUUCGUAUACACUUUAGUGCCUCAAUUGUUUCAUAUAUUGUGCCCUGAUUUCUAUCUGCUUAUAAUUAUUUAUAGCUCCAAAAUCAGUUACUUUGUUUUGGACAGAUGUAUAAGUCAACUCAAACUUGAUAUCUGUGUAUACUUUAAUAGGUACAGAAAUUCACAUCACCCAGACCUCAGAGUCCUUUUUGCUCAUUUUCAACCACUAUCACUCCCCACAAGCAAACUGCUUGUUUUAUUUUGUUUCAGUUCAUUUAUUCACUCAUCAAACACUUACAGGACACACAGGUCAAACAAUGAGUGUGCAGGGAGAACAGGCUAGUCAAGUUCCCUGAUUCAGGAACUGGGCAGUCUCAUAAAUAAACAGAAAUUAUGGGAGCAAUACAUAUUUCAUGCAGAGGCUGAUGGUGGCACAAAGACAUUCAAUAGAGCCGGGUGUGGUGGCACACACCUGUAAUCCCAGCACUCUGGGAGGCUGAGGAAGGAGGAUUACAAAUUCAAGCCCAGCCAGGGCAAUUUAUUGACUUUGUGAGAGCCUGUCUAAGAAAGGAAAACAGGCUAAGGAUGUAGGUGUGAAGGCCCUGGGUUCAAUCCCCAGUACCAAAGCAAAAUAAAAUCACAAAAAACAAUUAGUAAGAGGAAUUUUCCUCAUCUGAGUGUCCAAAUACAGUGUUAGUGAGAAAAUUAUAUGAGCCAGGUCCUAAAUAAUGAGUAGGAAUUAGCUAAGGAGAAACCGAAAGGAAGAAGUGGGAAGAACACUCCAGAAACAGAAGUCAUAUGUGAGCAGCCUUGAAACAGGCGGAAUGUCUGACAGAGAGGUCAGGGCCAGGGCCUCUGAUGCUCGGGCGGAAGAGGGGCCAAUGGGACUGGGCUAUGCAAGCUGAACUAAAGACUUCAGUGUCCACUCUGAACAAUGGGAGGCUGUCAACACACUUAAAAAUAGACUUCUUCUGUUUCCAAAUGGCCUUUCCAUUUUAUCAUCUCCUCCUUUGUGUUGGCCUUUGGGCUCCCAUCUACUGCAAGCCUCCAUGCAGUCCCCCCAGCAGAGGGUCUCCACACCCUCCCUCUACCAAGAGCAGCCCUGUCUCCCAGGUGUCUUCCAGCAGCAAUGACUUCGCCUUCCACCUGUACUGGAGACUGGUUCUGCAGAGCCCGGGUCAGAACGUCUUCUUCUCCCCUGUGAGCAUCUCCACAUCCCUGGCCAUGCUGUCCCUAGGGGCCCACUCAGCCACCAAGGCUCAGAUCCUCAGGACCCUGGGCUUCAACCUCACAGCCACACAUGAAUCUGCCAUCCACCAGGGUUUCCAGCAGCUGGUCCACACACUCAGUGUCCCCAACAAAGAACUGGACUUGAGGAUGGGCAGUGCCCUCUUUGUCAAAAAAGGGCUGCAGCUACAGGCAAGUUUUUUAGACAGAGCCAAGAGGCUGUAUGAGUCGAAAGUCUUUUCUAUAGAUUUCUCCAACACCUUCACCACCCAGAGGAUCAACAACUACGUGGAGAAGGAGACUAAAGGGAAGGUGAUGAGCUUAAUCCAAGACCUUGACCCCCUGACGGUCAUGGUCCUCGUGAACCACAUUUUCUUUAAAGCCAAGUGGAUGAAGCCCUUUAACCCUGCAGAUACUCAUAAAAGCUUCCCAUUUCUGGUGAACAAGCAGACCACUGUGCACAUCCCCAUGAUGCAACAGAUGGAAAAGUUUGCUUUUGGAGUGGAUCCAAAGCUGAACUGCUCUGUGCUGCAGAUGGACUACAGGGGAGAUACCACGGCCCUCUUUGUCCUUCCUGGUGAGGGUAAGAUGAGGCAGCUGGAACAGGAGUUGUCAGCCAGGACACUGAGGAGGUGGAGCCACUCACUCCGGAAGAGGCAGAUAGAGGUCUUCAUCCCCAAAUUUUCUAUUUCUGCCUCCUACGACCUGGAAACCAUCCUCCCAAAGAUGGGUAUCCGUGAUGCCUUUGGCAAAAAUGCUGAUUUUUCUGGAAUUACAAAGGCAGGCUUUCUGCAAGUUUCCAAAGCCACUCACAAGGCUGUGCUGGACAUCGGUGAGGAGGGGACAGAAGCUGUAGCAGCCACUGCCACCAAGGUCAUAGUCCGGUCCAAGGAUAAGCCCUCUUCUCCUGUCUUACGCCUCGACAAGCCCUUCCUGCUGAUGCUUCUGUAUAAAGGCACAAAGUCUAUUCUCUUCAUAGGGAAAGUUGAGAAUCCUACUAAAGCCUAGGUGGGACCUGACCUGUUGACUGAUUGUACACUAAUAAAGAUGCACAGGAAAUAACCAGCAA